AUGGGUCCCCACCGAGACGGCUCGAGGAUUGAGAGCUCUCUGGCCGACAUCAAGCUGGCUGGAAUUGCGUUCGGCUUCACCUUGGGCUUUGGCUUCCUUACAGUUUGGAAGGCUAUAAAGCAGACCAUGGCGGUCAGCUCACCUCGGCGAAGCAUCUACGUGAUCCUCGUUUGGAUUGAGAUUUUCUCCAAUAUGGCCAUUGCAAUCAUGGCAUGGCUUCUCAUGGAAGAGGUGUUGCCGAGUGGGAAUGUCACUGCUCUGCUUGCAAUCUUGAUCGUCUGGAUCUUUGAGAUCCAUUGCAUCAUGCAGAUCAUCAUCAACCGCGUAUACGUUGUCGCCGAAGACAAAGACUUUGUCCGGAAGGUCAAAUGGGGGACGGCUAUUCUCAUCUCGGCUAUCAUCAUUGCUGUCAGCUGCAUUUGGCUCCCCGCGCAUAUCAUCCCACUGCCAAGUCCAAGAUUUCUUGCAGCCAAUCGGAUCUGGGACCCGAUUUCGAAGGCGCUUAUUGGCGCUGUCGAUGCUUCGUUGAAUAUAUGGUUCUUGGUUACUGUUCGACGGGUCGUGAAGUUCUACGGAUUGAAAAAGUACGAUGUGUUGGUCCGAUUCAAUGCGCGGCUGAUUAUUUUUUCGGUGAGCCUCGAUGCGCUUCUUAUUGGACUCUUGUUUAUGCCAAACCCGUUCAUAUACCUCAUGUUCCACCCGGUAGUGUAUAUGAUCAAGCUCAAUAUUGAGAUGACUAUGGCAUCCUUGAUCUUGAAGCUCGCGCGGGUGCCGUUGGCGGACACUAUGGCACUCAGGGAGCGCUCAAGGCCUUCUAUGACAGGGAGGCCCAGCGAGACAGUAUCUGUUUGAAGAACGGCUUACGCUUUGCCCUUGGGAUCGCCUAGCGACGGAGCGUCAUGGACAACUUUCGAAUUCUCGGCUUUGCAUGUGGGCAGUUGGGCUUGUUGUACGCUGGGUUACAUGUCUAUGUAUUGUACCUAAGCAGCGUGAAAGCAACUAGACUUGCAAGUCGGACAUGAACAAGGCGUUUUGAAUAAGCUCCUAUACUGCCCCGCUAUACCCUGGGGCUCGGGGCACGUCCUCAAAGAUCCGCGGAUUGGGACUUUGAUGUUUGGGAGUCGGGGAUUUGACGAAUGAGUUGGCGUGAUAACCAGGGACGCGUCUAGUUCCGGGUGAGAACAGCAGUGAUUGUGUUAUACCAUCGAGGGAGAAAAAGCAACAUCUGGCCUUGUCUCGUCCCGAUCAG